UGGCAGUGCAAUCGCUGCAACUUCAUUGCGCGCAUGAUGCAGCGUUUGCGUUCGAGGAGCGCUCUUGCUUUCGGAUAAAUUGUGCUGUCGCUGUCACAUUAGCAACGUUCAUGUCUCUUGAAGAUCCUGAUGCUGAAUAAUGUCUGAAGAAAAAUCUUCCAGCGAUGUCACAAGCUCGUUCUUUGACGAGAGCGAAGCAGAUACAAGCUUCCUCGGUAUUGUCCUCAACUUCAUCUCAACAAAUGGAUGGUUCAUCACAUUUGGACUCAUCGGCUUGUACAUGCUGUACAGGAAACUUGGCUCAUAUCUACCAACAAUGAGGAGCAGAGUCUCACCACCUACACCACAGAACUAUGGACCUUCAGACGCAGAUGAAUUUGUGCGGCGGCAAGAAGCUCUGGAGCGGGCACGUCGCAAGAUGCAAGAAGUCCAGGAUGCAUUAGCUGAAAAGCAGAAAGAAAAAAUGGCACAGCUUGAAGAGCAGAAACGACAAGAGAAAAUCAACAACUGGGAGCAGUUCCAGAAGGGACGUGGCCUGGGCUCGAAACUGCGAGCCACAUCUACAAACGAGAGCUCUGCUGAGUGUAGUGGGCUCUCACGGAGGCCGAAGAGUAGUCAAGACAGCAGUGACCGCCUUCGUGGCUCUGAUUACAACCCACUCAUGGGUACCUCGGGAGGCUCCUCAUAUAGGCCAGAGAGGAGAUGCGUGAGCCAGGGCGGCGGAUGAGGUUAAAGCAUGGGGUUCAGCUUUUUAUUGAUGCAGCUGUGUUGUUGCUUUUCUUGUUCGUAAUGUGUGGCAGGCCACUGUGCAGUUAAGAAAGCAGUGCAUUCUUAUAUAAUCUUUGAGCAGCUCUCCUAGCCGUAGCAAAACUGCUAUGUCAACCACCAAUUGUUUUUAGAAGAUGAGAGCAGGGAAAAGAAGUGAAAUUGUCUUGCAUUCAAAAUUUAGGUUCUCAAGAACUUGCAGAUGCGCUCUGAAUGUUUGUGCACAUAGUAGAAGCUUGAAGAAAUUUUAAUGGUUCUCAUUUUGCAGUGACUUCUAAAGUGAAAAAUGCAAGCUUGUUGGUUUUACACUUUGAAUAGCUAAAUUGGGCUAACGUGUGCCAGUUUUCUGCAAAUUCAACCUGAUAUUUCAGAAUUACUUCAACUGUGAUGGCACAACUGAUUGAGUGAGGGUGCUCCUUUUACCUGGCUGCUGGCACAUCUACACGAAAGUGUAUGACAUAUUCUUAAGGGAUUGCAGUUUUAUGAGUGGACAUUAUAAGGUUUGUUGGGUUGCAGCAAAUUCUUGAAGCACGUGUAAGUUGCCAUCAAGGUGCCAAUUCUCAAAGGCUUUCGACUGCGAAAGAAUGUUUUACAGGCUCACAGCAUCGAAGCACUACCCAACAACCUGUUAAACCCUCCAUAAUUUUUACUAUUUACAACUGUGCUGUCCCUCUUGCUCCGUGCUGUCAGUUGUGGUGUACUUACAAGUGAACUCGAGUGCUUUUCCCUGGAAUGGGCGCAUGUGCAAUAGCCUUGUCAUUUCAUCUGAGAAAUGCUUCACCACUGCUGCAGAAGUAUGAACUCCCCUGCUUUCUGCCACUUGAGUUUACCUCACUGCGUGCUUGUUGUAUUAGUUCUUUGAGACCGAAGGUAGCAUGGGACAGACACAAGCACACAGACUCAUGAAGUCGUUACUGGAACUGGUUCACAGCCAACGGUAUUGACGGAACGAGGCAUCUCAAUCUGGUACCUGCUUUUCGGAGACACAAUGUUAAUAAACCUACAUCUCCAUGUUCA